AUGGCGGACAUGUCUUUCGGAAUUUUGUUGUGGGUAGCUGCGAGACCUAUUCUCCGACUUUUCAUAUGCGUUGCUUGUGGGUAUGGCAUCACAAGGGCUGGUUGGUUUGAUGCGAAAGCGACUCGUUGUGCUGUGCAAGUAGUUUUGAACAUUACUUUGCCUAGCCUGAUGUUCUCGAGGACUGCAUCCGUAUUGAACGCAGGGAAUGACGCAGCAUUUGGACCGCUGUUAGCGAUUGCGGUCAUCUAUAUGGCGAUGGGUUUCGCACUAUCUCUGGUUAUCAAGCAAUUUUUCAGUGUUCCAUCUCAGUUUCGGUACGGCAUAAUUGUCGCUGGAUCUUGGGCGAGCAGCUGUGAUAUAACAAUUUCGGUCAUGACAGACAUAAUGGCCUCUCUCCCUUUCGACGGGACCCACGAUCAAAACCUCGCGGUAGCAUACAUCGGCGCCUUUUGUGUCAUCUUCUACAUGACACUGUUUACGCUCGGACGUAACUUAAUCGAGAGAGACUUUAUCGGGACUGACGGGGAAGUGCAGGGUCCAUGUCGGGCCAAACGUUGGGAGUUGUUGAUGGUUUUUGUGCGUCGGGCGAAAGGUGUUUCCUCUUCCGAAGGCGAUGAGGAAGCCGGGGAAACAUAUGACCCAGCGGCAAGCACGAUGGACGCCUAUGCGAUGACCAUCAAAGAUCUUCCCCCGGAACUGUUAUCGUUGGAACAUUCGCAGACAGUUUCUGCAACGUCUUCCACUAUUGUGCAGCAUAGUAUGCCGCCAGGUCGAUGUGACGAAACACUGUCGUCGAAAGAUGCAGAAUCACAGACCCAGCAUAACAUGCCGUCGGGUCAACGCGACGAAACACUGUCGUCCAGAGAUGCGGAACCACAGACCAUACUGGCGUCGACAGAGAAUUCCUCUGCAAGUAAACCCCACCCUGUCAUGCGAUAUGUGAAAUUCCUUAGCUGCCUUAUAUCCCCCGUCUUGAUGUCCGUGGUCGUCUCCAUCAUCGUCUCUAGAAUAUCGGCUCUGCAGGCGUUAUUUAUUCCUGUAUCGGGAACAAACAUUCCACCAGCUCCUGAUGGACAACCGCCUCUAGCAUUCAUAAUGGAUUCAGCGACCUUCUUGGGAGCAGCCAAUUCUCCGAUUGGACUGAUUAUUCUCGGAUCUGUACUCGCAAGAAUGAGUGUCCCUUGCGGACGCUGGACUGCGCUACCCCUUGGAGCCAUCGGAGCCCUUGCUGUCGGCAAGCAGCUCAUCAUGCCAGUCUUUGGAGUUUUCAUCUGCGAAGGAUUUACGCGGAUAGGAUUCAUUGACGCUGAUGAUAAAGUGCUCAGAUUUGUAUGCAUUUUCGUAUCGUGUUUACCCAUAACAGCGACUCAGCUGAUCCUGACGCAAGCACGUUCCGACAGUGACACGGGUACAACAGCUCAUUGUUCAAACAGUGGCAUAAGUACAACAGAGCAUCUUGUUGCAUUUCUGCUGCCCCAGUACAUCCUAAUGUUUGGGGUGAUGCCCGUGUUGAUGACCUUCACAUUCAAAAUUCUCUUCGAUUAA